AAUCUCUUUUAACACAUCGCCGUCAUCUCUCUCUCUCUCUCUACUCUGCAUCAGACAAUCACAAAUCUUUCUCUUUCUCUUUCUCUCUCUAACACAAUUUAGAACAAAAGUUUCUUCUUUCUUCUCUCCCGAGAGGCCUCUCGCUGUUCAUUGAAGUUCUCUUAGAAUUUUCUAUCACCUUGGUUGUGUAAUUUGCAAAACAGACAACAAUGGUUGAGCGUGGGAAGAGGACUCACAAUCGUUUCAGAGACAACAACAAUGACAACAACCGGAAUCAAAGGAGAAGACUUUCUUACGAAUCCGAAGAAAAAAAGAUCGAUAACAAAGACGAUCUCGUUGUUGUUUACAGAAUCUUAUGCCCAAGUGGUGUCAUGGGAAGUGUUAUAGGCAAAAGUGGCAAAGUUAUUAACUUGAUUAGGCAAGAAACUAGAGCUAGGAUCAAAGUUGUUGAUCCUUUUCCAGGUUGUAGCGAAAGAGUCAUAACGAUCUUUUGCUCGGUUUCGGAGAAGAAAGACAUUGUUGACAUUGAGUAUAGUGAAUUGGAUUACUCUGUUCCUUUGUGUUCUGCUCAAGCUGCUCUUCUUAAAGUCCAUGAUGCUAUUGUGGCUUCUUUAGCUACUGCUGCUGAGAACACUAAGAUUGAUAGAGAUGACUUUAGAGAAUGUCGUCUUUUAGUUCCGUCUAGUCAGUGUUCUAUUGUCAUUGGUAAAUCUGGUUCGAUUAUUAAGAACAUUAGAGGUAGAACUAGAGCUAACGUUAAGGUUGUCUCUAAAGAUGUUUCUGAUCCUUCUCACACUUGUGCCAUGGAUUUUGACAACAUUGUUAUGAUAUCUGGUGAGACUGAAUCCGUGAAGAAGGCACUUUUCGCUGUUUCUGCAAUCAUGUACAAAGUCAGUCCUCGAGAACAGAUUCCUCUGGAUACAACUGUCCAAGAAGUUCCCGCUAGUAUUAUAAUUCCCUCUGAUCUGUCUAUCUAUCCACAAGCCGGUUUAUACCCAAGUCAGGAUUCUAUUUUCCAACAUGGGGCUAAUGUUUCAUCGUUUAUCGGUACACUACCUCAGGGUUAUGGAGAAAAUGCUGCAAAUCCUGUGCCGGUUUUUUCUGCUUCUGCUCUUCCUGUUGUUCAUGGUUUUGGUGGGUCUUCCAGAUCAGAAAAGUUGGCUAUAAAAGUUAUUUGCUCUUCUUCCAAAAUUGGUCGUGUUAUCGGGAAAGGAGGAUUAACCAUUAAGGGAAUAAGACAAGCAAGCGGGUCUCAUAUCGAAGUUAAUGACUCGAGGACAAAUCAUGAUGAUGACUGUGUUAUCACUGUCACUGCUACAGAGUCUCCUGAUGAUUUGAAGUCUAUGGCGGUUGAAGCUGUUCUUCUACUUCAAGAGAAAAUUAAUGAUGAAGACGAGGACAAAGUUAAAAUGCAACUCCUUGUAUCUUCUAAGGUAAUAGGAUGCAUUAUAGGGAAAAGUGGCUCAAUCAUAAGUGAAAUCAGGAAAAGGACAAAGGCCGAUAUUCAUAUCUCGAAAGGAAAUAAUACGCCUAAGUGUGCUGAUCCCAAUGAUGAGCUCGUUGAGAUAUCUGGUGAAGUAAGCAAUGUGAGAGAUGCUCUUAUUCAGAUAGUUCUGAGGCUUCGAGAUGAUGUUUUAAGGGAUAGAGAGACUGGUUCCAGGAAUCAACCUCCUGCAAGAUCUGAGAAUAACAAUUUCUUCUCUUCAAGUAGUAGUAAUACUGGUCUUGCACUUCCUCAAUCUUUCAUGUCUUCUGUUCCGCAAGUUGCUUCUGUAGAUUUCAAUAGGAGACCAGAAACCGGGAGCAGCAUGAGCAUGCUUCCUUCGAGUGGUGGAAUCUAUGGUUAUGGAAGUUUUCCGGUGGGCAAUACAAGUUAUGGAUCCAACUCCUCUUACUCAUCCAAUCUAUAUGGAGGAUUGCCUCAGUCUACUACUAUGGAGGUUCGAAUCCCAGCAAAUGCAGUGGGUAAAGUUAUGGGCAGAGGAGGAGGCAACUUGGACAACAUAAGAAGGGUUUGUUUAAUUUUUAUUUUUAUUUUUCCUUCCUCAUUACUCUCUGAUUGCCAUAGCUUCAUUCGUCUCUUCUUCCCUCUUUCCUAUAUAACAUUUUCACAUGGUAUGUGCCCUCUCUCUCUCUCUCUCUCUCAGAUAUCAGGAGCCAUGAUAGAAAUUUCUGAUUCCAAAAAUUCCCAUGGCGGUCGCGUUGCUCUCAUUUCCGGGACAUCUGAACAGAAGCGUACCGCAGAGAACUUGUUCCAAGCUUUUAUCAUGUCCACUUGAAUAAUUUGCUCUGCCCCUUAAUCCUUUUCCAUGGAAGUGUGUUCCAUCAAUCUACCUCUCAGUGGAUUUCUUUGAUCGGGUUUCUCAGGCUUUCCUCCUUCCAUCAAGCUCAUGUUUAGAUAUGGUUGCAUCUCUCAUCAAACAUUUCGGUAUCUCAUCUCGACUCAGUUACUUUUGGUUUCUCGUGCUAGACAUUUUAUAGUCUUUCAGGACCAUUCUUUUCCCCUUUCCUUGCGAGCUGUUCGUACUAUAACUACUUAUCUCCGUGCAAUAAAACAAAAUCGUUCUUAUAUCAAUCAAACUUUGCUUAUUCUCCAUAUGUGGAAUCAGAUCUGCUUUGUUCUUAGUCCAAAGCAGCAGUCCUAUCAGUUAUGUGUUAGUUUACCGACUCUGCAAAUCCCACUUCUCAGCUUCUUAUGUGAUGCCAAGUGAUACUCACCAUAUCAUAGUUCUUGGUGUUUCUGUAUAAAUUUCUGCAGUGAACAGCCAUAGGUUAUUAUAGCAUAGUGAUCUUCAAGAACAGUAGCCUUUAGAUCUCCUCUUGUUAAUGAUCGUAUUUGUUUCUGCUUCUUAGAAGUUUGAACUUGUUAGUGCUUUGAUCUUACGAUCUGAUUAUUUGAAACUCCAUCGGUUUAUCAGAGUAUCAGUAGAGGAAUUUCUCAUUCUUGAUGAUCAUCCCAUUCUCUGCUACGAUUUUACUAUCUUUAGGUCAAACUCCACUGAUUGAUCUUCUUUAUCUUAGCCUCUGUUACCAUUUCUGAUUUAUUCUCUUCCCAGAUAAGCUCCCCGGAACUCUGAUCAUCUAUAUUAAACUUAAAUCAUGAUCUUAUAGUGCUUGUAGCAUAUUUAGAACCUGCCAGGCUGCGACAAGCUUUUGUGAAUGUUAUGUGUUUUCUGGCCAUUCCCACAUAUUAGGUUGUCUCUCCAUGAAAAUUAGCAUUUGUCAAAAAGAUUUUCUGAUUAUGCUAGCGUUUGCGCUCGAACACUUCGGGCUUGGGAUUUGUCCUAUAAAGCUGAGGUUCCACAACAUACUAGGCUGUCAAAAACCAGCCACAAUAUAGUUUUUUGCGGUUUGAUGAUUUCUCUGAUAAGCCUGACACUCGGCGCUGGCUAGGUUGGCACCGUAGGAUUGUUGCAUUAGAACCACAAUACUUACUUCUUCAAACGGUUUUCUGAUUCUGCUGUGUUUUGGCUUCAGCGUUUGCUCUAUUCCCUUGAGAGUGGCAUUUAGUUGACAAACCCAAAAUACUAGGUUUUUGGAAACCCACAACAUUUCUAUAUACUGUUUCUGGUUUAGCUUUUGCGGUUGAAGCCUAACAUUCUAACACAUCCCGGGAUUUUAAGCGGGUGUGUUGAUCUUUAGCAGAUCCUAUAUUCCUAUUUCGUAAAAAAUGGGUUUCACGAGUGUGAUGAAUAAUAGUUUAGUUGUUGCAAUUGUAUAGUACCUUGAGCAUCGUUUUGAUCAAAAGACCACUGAAGAUAAGUUUCUUAGUAGAAAGAUUGAUGUUGAUCCAUUUGGAAGGUUUUGUAUCAUAUAUGGUCAUGUAGUAGUUUACGUUACGCAACUUUAAAGUGCUUUUCCAUUUUUCUAAUAUAAAUGUGAAUUUCGAUCAAGUGUUUACCAAGUUCAAUUCUUCUAAUCUCUCUAUUGCAUAUCACAUAAGUAAUUAAAGUAUAGCAUUA